UUGAACCAAUCGCUAACUAUAUCCGGGUGUCAUUUCGCAGGUUGACAAGACGAAGGAAGACACACUUCUCAUCUCACUAACUAAAGCACAAUUUUAAUAUAAUAGCGAAGAUGACUGGAAUCAAAGAAAGAGCGACAAAUACUGCUGUUGAAGAGAAACAAGGCAAAGCAGAAAUGGCUCCGGACAUGUCGUCUAAAUACGAAAAUGAUGGAGAUGUUGAAAACCUUGCAAACAAUUUGUCUGCACUGACAAUAAAAAGAGAAGCUGUCGAGGACAAUGAGCUUCCAGAAAGUCCAACAAACCCGGAGAGCUCACCAAAGGGAGAGAAAUCAUCCCGUGAUUACGAAACAAAGGAAUCUGAGGUAAAAAAGGAAAUUGUUGCCGAGCUUCCCCAGGAAGGUAGUGCAUUCUUAACGCGGGGACCAACCAACGGCCACGCAACAACAAACAGUGUCCAGCACAUGGGCUAUAAUAAAGCGUACGGCUUAGCUAACGCACAGACAUUCAAAGACAAAAAACGGGGACUAGAAGACGAUGGAAAUGAUCCUCCAUUACGAUACUUGAGACCAGUGGAAGACCAAUAUAGCUCCCUGACAAAGGAUAAGAGUUCACUUGGAAUGAUGGUUGUGAAGUCGCCUAGUACAGAUAUACCGCAAAUGAAUUUCCCUUCUUUUAACCAGGAUGACAUCAUUGAAAUGGCUUACCAGGCUAAUAACAAUGGGCAGUUCAACAUGUCUUGUCAGACGCACAGUUUUAACCAUGGCCUGUUCUCUCAAACUGCCUUCCAGUCGCAUCAGACCACGAUGGGACAAACAGUCAACGGCAAUAUAAAUGUAAUGAACAACCAACAGCCCAGACCUAAGAGCAUCGAACAGCAGCAGAUGUAUGGUCGAUGUGAAGCCUAUACCAGCGAAUCAGAAUCCGAGUCGGCCAAAAGUCCCUACUCUGAUCAAAUGUAUUCACCCGAUAGCUCAAGUGUCAAGUCUAUCAAUUCUCCUCCACCUUCAAACAUGUCCAAUGACAGUGGCAUCAUUGGGGAUUUGACUGUAAACAGCCCCCUCGGAAACGCUUCACCGCAGUACGACACAGCUAUACAGAAUGGCUUCACUCAAUGGGAUGAUCAGUCUCACCAAGGCUCUCCUGGACAAGUCUCUAACCAUUCAAUGGCCUCACCACCCCACAUCAGUUACUCCCCGGGAAUGCCACCGGCAGGAUCUCCCAUGAUGCAACAAGCAGGGUCACCGAUGAUGCAACAAGCAGGGUCUCCCUUGAUGCAACAGGCAGGAUCUCCCAUGAUGCAACAGGUAGGAUCUCCCAUGAUGCAACAAGCAGGAUCUCCCUUGAUGCAACAGGCAGGCUCUCCCAUAAUGCCAUCAGUGUCCUCCUGCUUAGCUGCCAAUGCCAUUCCACAACAAAGCAGACCUAACACCAUGGUGUCCUCACAACAGAUCUGUGGGUCCCUAGGUAUACCAAACCUGGUUCCUACCCAAUCAAACUCUGGGGCCCCCCUGAUGACCCCACAACAGUUAGUGAACAACCAAGUAAUGGUAAGCUCUGUCCCCUACACUUCCCAAACUGGUGCUCCGUUGAUGAUGUCACAAAUGCCUGGACAAAUGGGGAUGUCCCAUACCGGACCAUCCCUACCACACAACGUCACUGCUCAGUUAACAUCGCAGCAGUUACAGAUGCCCCCUAUAACUAUGGAACAAAUGAUGUCGGCCAAUCGACAGCAGAAUGUGCAGUACAUGUCUUCACAGACAAACAUGGCUGUUCCUCAGGUCAGCGCUUCACAACAACAUUUGAAUGAUGAGCUGAACAAACAGAUUGAUGAAAAGGAACUGAGCUUCGUCAUGGAGGUGCUGGCUGACGACAUUAUUGAAUCUAAUAUGCAAAACAAGAUGAAGAACCAGAUCUGCAAUAAAAGGAUAAUGGUACCCUCAGCAGCUCCCCAAGUCCAUCAGAAUAUAGCCACCAGUCAACCAGUACAACCAAUUCCCCAGAACAGGAACUUAAUGCCUAGUAACAAACCGCCACAGAACAUCCAGCCUGGGCCAAAUGUCAUGACAACAGUACAGACCAAUCAACAUCGUAUUCCAGUUACCUUAGUAACAAACAACAUGAUUCCCGUGUCAGCUCCGAUGCAUAUGAAUUCAAAGUUGCAGGUGACGAAGGCUGCGACAACACAAGUUCUGCCGCAGCAACCUAUUUCUCAUGGUCAGAUGGUGUUUAUGCCACCUGGCAACCAGGUUCAGACAACAGCGAACACUCUACAGACAACGGGGAAUGUGGUACAGCCACCGAUGAUCAUUAUCGUGCCGACGAACAUGAAUCAGACAACUCAGAUCAAACCACAACCCACCAAGGUGUUAAAGAAGAUUUUGCCGAAACCCGGUACAACCAUACCCGACAGCUCUAAGCCAACGACCACAGCUCCGGCAAUGAGUCGGAAUCUAAACGAGACAGGAGGGCCUGGAGGUCGACCGGUCAUCGCGAAACCUGGGCAGACUCAGCAAACUCUCAUGAGACAGAACAUGCUGAAUAUGGCCCGUAGAACUGUAGCGGACAUAUCUAGGGACCGGCUCCGGUUCCAGGAUGAUGAAGGAGAUACGUAUCUUCAUGUUGCUGUGUGUAAGACUGAUGCCAGCAUGGUCCAGGCGUUGAUUGAACGACUUUGGCGGGAGAAGCUGGAGGUCAUGAUUGAUGCCCCUAACAAGAAAAGACAGACACCACUAUACCUUGCUGUGGCAGCCAACCAGCCAAUGAUGGUAAACAGUCUGGUGGCUCGGAAUGCCAAUCCAUGCUCUAUGGCACAGGUCUACUCUAAUGAUGGCAAGUCAAGAGAGGUCAAGGCCCCUCUCCAUGUCGCCUCGUCCAACGGCCAGUCUUAUCUCUCUACUCUCCAGGAACUUAUUAAAUCAGCAGCCAUCAAUCUCAAUAUUGUUAACUCUGAAGGACACACAGCUUUACACUGUGCUAUCCUGGCUCAUAGGCGUCAGAACAAGAACGGCGAGUUCAUUGACAGCAUCCCAAUAAUAGAGACCCUACUGAAGGCAGGAGCAGAUCCUAACUCACAGGACAAGAAAAAUGGCAAGACACCACUGAUGUAUGCGAUUGAAAAACGUGACAUCGCUCUGGUGGAGAGGAUGCUGAAUAUGUUUGACUCGGGAGCAAAGCUCCGUAACAUCAUCAAGUCUCAAACGUUUGACGGCAGUACGUGUAUCAAGAUAGCCGAAGGUCUCAAGGCCGAGUUUCAGCCCGACAUCUGGCAGCGGCUUAUAAACACACUCAACGCCGCUCUCAACGGGUGAUAUGUGGUGUAGUGUGGACAUAAAGUUGUCUCCUCGGUAGCUAAAGAGAUGGACUUGAAUAUGGGGACAGUGUCACAUGUGGAGUUAUCUCCCUUCUAUCUCAUAACUUGGACACUUUGUAACAUAACAUUGGUUUUGAAGAGAUAGGCUUCAUCAUGGCGAUGGUUGUCGCCAGUUGUUCCCCUUGUUUCCGUCAAUAAGAUCCAUCAACUCUUAUAAGUGAGAGUGAUCCGGUUUGAGCUAGUCGGACCAUGGUGGUCACAAACAUUUCAGUAACUGUGUCGAUCAGGUAUCUUACAGUGUAUUCAUUCUGACAAAUAUGUGCAUGACAGAGGUUGACACAGAAAUGUAACUGGUUCCAGGAUACCCAUAUUGUAAAAACCUGUAGGAAUUCUGCAGACAUUCUGAGCGUAACGAGACAGAAAUUUAGUGCUUUGGCUGAUCAGAAGUUUGAUACAGUGUUACCUUGUUUACCAGGACAUUUUGUUUCAUGGAAAAAUUGUUUCUUGAAAAAGAACAGGAUUUUUUUUGAGUUUUUGAAAAAUUACUAAGAAUCGGAUUAUCCAGAACACCCGAAGCAGGUUCAGUUUUACAGUGCUUCAAUUUAUUGAUGUGUAUGUAAUGUAACGGUAUCGAAAUCUGAAGUCAAAAGGCUAACUGCUUUAAUUGUGCACUGAAAUCUCAACACACUUGGAAGAAAUUACUCAAAGUCUUAGUGAAACAGUAUUUGUCUGAACAGUUAGUAUUAUCUUUUGCCACUAUGUCCAUGUGUAUAACUUUUGCCACUAUGUCCAUGUGUAUAACUUUUGCCACUAGGUCCAUGUGUAAAAUAAUACCAGUCUAAAAGUUAGAUAUUGUAAUGUUUAUUUGUCAUAAAUUGUAUUGAUAUUUUGAACUAUAAAGAGCUCAUGUGACAUUUUUGAAAUAUGAAAUCUCAUAAUUUGAGAUGAGACCCUAUGAUGGUAAAUAUGUUAUUUUCUAUAAAUUUUGAAGUCUUCUAAUUGAGAUGGAGAGCUCCACUGUUGAGUUUUGGAGAUUUUGACUUCUAUUUUAAAUAUGUUUUAUUGUAACUUAUAUACAAUGGGAGUUUGGCAGAAGAUAAGCAACUUAUAUUAAGUCCUUUCCCUGAGAUUUUAACUGUGAUAGAUGUAGUGCUAAGAUCUCUUGCCCCAAACUGUUAUAAAUAUUCUAAAGGAGAUAAAUUACAUACAAUUCACAUGUACAACGUUAACAUGGACAGUAGAAUAUGACUCAAUAUGUAAAAUUGAUUUUAUCAUCAAUAUAGUUAAUACUUGGUUUUACCUCAUGAGGUAAGAAGGUUGGGGCUGUGGUAGGAAGUAUUUGAAAUAGAUUUUAUGUCUCUGUGCCAUAUAUAUAUAUAUUUAUGAAAAGUUGUAUUUUGUGAGAGACUUUUUAAAAUUUUCGUACAUAUUGUGUCUCAGAAUCUGUAUCAUUGAUGUCGUGAAGGAUCAAGUAUAACCUCAUUUUUUUACCAUUGUAGAAUCUUUCCGGUGUGGAUCACAACUUUUGUCUGUAGAUUAUAAUUUGUGUAAAUAUAUAUUGUUGCUAUAGUAACUCCGUUUAUUUUGAUGUAGCAGCAGUUUGAUAGUUUCUGCUAUGAAACGGACUAAAACCUGUACAGAUCGUUGUUACGGUGAGAGUAGUACAAGUUGUUUAGGUUGUUAUGGUAACGGAUGCUGCAAUGAUAAAAGGCUAACCAACACAGACUGAACCAAGAAAAGUUUCAAGUGAAGAAAAAAAUCAAAAUUGAAAUAUCAGUAUUAUGUUAACCUAUAUUAUGCUAACAGCACAAUGAGUAAAGUUAUUAUUUAUUUAUUUUAGAUUAAAUAAAAUUGCAAAAUACUUUUUUUUGCAUCACUAUCUUUUUAACAUUUGUUGUUGCAGCUUAAAUGAAGAUAAAAAUAGAUUCUAAAUAUUUUAUUUGAAAUGAAAAAAAUAUGAAAAUUAUGAUUUUGUUCUGUUAUGGUAUAUUAUA